GCGCAAACCGUAUCCCUUCAUUCAUCAGGCCGUUUCCUGAAGCCAUUUCUCGACGGCUGAAACGAGAGUUGCGCUACUUUUUAAUCCGUUGCAUCUGCCUAAAUGCAACAUUUUAAAGAAAAAUACUUGACAAAAGUCGAUGAAUCAGACUUUCAUCUUCACUUUGGUCUGAUUAUUUUUGAAACUGUCGCGGCGGAUUAGCAGCCAGACGGGCUCGAAAGUACAGAGACAAGAAAGGGGUUACCCUGAAUACGCAAGAUGAGAAGAGGGAUCUCCUCGGCUCCGGACAAAGUGAUUUUAGCGGGGGUUGGGGGCUCUCCUCUGGACAAUAAUAUCAUAUUAACAACCCUGUCGGAUCGUUUAAACCCCGGACAAUCCAACGCUACGUAUAUCCAAAUAAUAACCGCCUCUCCGCCUUGCAACGUUACACAGACAUCAAAUGUGUGUUUAUCCGAGCCGCAGAUAAACAACAUUUACACAACUCCACAACAAGCUGCAGCAAACGGAGCUGGACAACGACCCACUCUGGGGAGACCACCGGCAAAAAGGCGAUUGGCACUCGAUGAUUCAGAUCACCAGUACCAGACAGAACCAGUCAGAACUCCAAGAGGCAGAGGUGGAGCCACAGCAACAAAUGGAGCCCGACUAAAGACACCCAGAACUCCCAAGUCUCCACCAGAAAAGACGCGAUAUGACACCUCACUUGGCCUGUUAACAAAGAAGUUUGUGGACCUUCUUGCUCAGUCUGCUGAUGGUGUUUUAGACCUCAACCUUGCAGCUGAAACCUUACAGGUACAGAAAAGACGGCUGUAUGAUAUCACAAACGUACUAGAGGGCAUUCAUCUCAUCAAGAAGAAAUCAAAGAACAACAUUCAGUGGAUGGGCUGCAGUUUGUUGGAGGUAGAAGGAGCACUGAACCAGAGACAGAGGCUAACGGCAGAGGUUUCCGCACUGGUAGAAGAAGAGCAGAAGCUUGAACAACUUAUUCAGAGGUGCAGCCUGGACGUGAGACACAUGAGCGAGUUGCCAAGCAACCAGAAAUAUGCUUAUGUGACAUACCAAGACAUCAAACAGCUGGGAAACCUCCGAGACCAGACUGUUAUUGUCGUCAAAGCUCCCACAGACACCAAAUUAGAAGUACCAGACCCUGAUGAGAGUUUGUCCAUCCAUCUGACCAGCUCCAAAGGUCCAAUAGAAGUCUUGCUGUGCCCAGAUGAGGAAAAUGACCCCAGGAGUCCUGUAAAAAAUGGCGGUACAGACAUCAACGGGAACUCACCUUUCCUAACGGUCCUUCAAGAUCCCAGCUGCAAGACCAACUCUCCGAGUUCCUCUGUGGCUCCACCUCCCUCCUCUUUAGCUGUCUCUGUCACAACACUCUCCCCCAUCUCGUCCCCUUACACCAGUCUUCUCCAACAGACAGAAGACCAGAUCCCUUCUUCUUUGGGGCCUUUCUUAAACCUUGGACCUCCUCUUCUGGACCAAGAGGACUACCUUUUAGGUUUGGGAGAUGACCAGGGAAUAAGUGAUUUGUUUGAAGCCUAUGACUUUGAUAAAAUGCCCUCCUGCCUGGAUGACCUCUUGUGUAGCUAGCAUUAGCUAACUGGAAUGCAGAUUGUGCCUGUGAGAGAUGUGGAGAAUCAGAGGGAAUUUGAUGCUUAUGACUGACUGUGUAGUUAGUGGGAGUCAGUUUUGAAUAGAUGGAAAUGGCCUUUUCAGUCCCAGUGGGACUAAAUGACCUGUUCUCUCAGGGUGUGAGAGAGAAAUGGCCUUGAAUGAUUUUCACACACAGAUGUGACUGGUUGAUGUGCAGACAUAAUCCAUUAAUCCUUGUCUCAGGCUUAUGUAAGGCCUCCAGUGUAGCUGAGCCUUGGCGAGCAUCUGGUCUGUCUGACCUUAAGCAACGAUGGGAGGGAAAUUAUCCGCCCACUGUUAGCGAGGGUCAUGUCAGUGAAAAGAGAAAAGUUUGAAAAUAUUCACGUUACCUGGCAUUAACAUAUUCUCAGUAAUAUGGGUUAAGCAUAUAACAUUCAAGAAUAAAUACACCUGAUGUGAUCACCUAAGACCAUCGGUGAAGUUCUCUGCAGGGAAGAAGAAAACUUGACUAAGGAUGCUGCACCUAUGAUGAUUUACAGGGUUGAAAUAAAUCUGUUUUGGCAACAGAUGAUAAAGAUUUACCUGUGUUUUCCCAAUUAUGCAUUUUCUUGUAGGUUUUCUUGUAAUUUCAUCCAGGUAUUCCAUCCUGAAGAUAUGCUAAUGCCAAGUGCUGUGAGGAGAGGGGUUACUAAAGACCUUUUUAGUGAUUGCAUUCUUUUACACCAUGAUCUGUGAUUGAGCUGCUCCCUGUUUUGUAGGCAUUUUCUGUGUUCAAAUGUAGACCAUUUUAGAAACUAAAAUAAAUCUCUUAAGAAAAUGGAGCAGUUUGGGUGCACUUCAUCCAUGACUACAGUUCAUUUACGGUUGUGUUCAGCACGCUGAGGCAUUGGCCACCUAUCCUGUGGCCAAUGCCUCAGCGUGCUGAUUCCAACGUUUGGAAGAAUGUGACUAUUGUGUACAUAUAAGCACUGUGUAGAUUGAUUGAGAGUGGCAUGAAUGUUUUUAUGCCUGUGAGUGAAAAUUCAAGUCAACUAUAAAAUGAUAAUGGAAAAUAGUGAGUGCGCCCUAAAUGCUCUUAAAAUAAACAAGCAGUCUUAUACCCAUUCACCUGAUCAUCCUAUCACCUGCAAUCAAUUGUAUAACCUCAAUUUGUAAAGUGCAAUGACAAAUGCAAAUAUUUUCAACGGGGGGGGGAAGUGAUGUCUAACCUAAUUAAACCCAGAUUUUAUUUUUGUUGCUAAUUGAGGCCUGACAAGCCAUCACUCACUCCUGUGUAAUUUGGGAGGUCUAAUGUAUAUAAAUCUUGCUUGUUGGGACACAAGCCAGGUUUACUUAUAUUGUUAUUAAUAUUUUGUAAAGUCAGGGCUGAAAUUUUCCCUCUGUUUUGCUGCUUUUCAUGUAUUCCUGCCAUAGCCAUCAGCAGAAGCUGCCACAAAAAACCUUCCCCUAAUGCCUCUUUAGUUAGACUGUGUGUUGUGAUAUCAGAAACAUUUGACAUUGAAUCACUUGAUGUGCACUGUACUGAAGGCAGUGUAGCAGACAGGUUAGGUGAGUAUUAGUCUUUUUAUGUGUAAUAAAUAUUGAGUUUUAUGGCUUUUAAUACUGUAGAAGUAACUAAUGAUAUCGUUACCUAGCCAUCACACAGCCACUUAUUGAGGCUGUAGCAUGUAAUGGAGGGCUUAUUUCUCACCAUUUAUUGAAAAAAAUAGAAAAACAAAUUAAAUAAUUAAAACUACCAUUAUUGUAACUAAGCAGAUUCAGUUCAGUCAUCCAAAUCUUGAGUUUGGCUUCACUAAAACACAAAAUGGUUGCUAAAAAAACACCUACUUGAGCUAAGAGGAUGUAGGGAUGUGGUUUUCCUCUGUAUACAUUUGGAGCACUGUUGCUGUCUAAUAGCUGCAUGUGUUUGACAUCCCUGAUAUUGACAAAAAACAAACGACUUGCCUGAAACCUAUAGCUUUUUAACCUAGAGAAACCUGCGGCUGCAGGAAAUAUUGCUGCUGUUAAUGCUAACUCCCCUGACCUGAUGUGUGCUUGAGUUAUUACGUAUGCAGCAUGUGUGUAUAAAUGUCAAAGAUCAAGCUUGCUAAAGAGUAAGCUUGCAAUGUGUGUAAAUUUAUGUAUAGUUUUCUAAUUGUUUUCAUCGCACAAGGUACUGUAGGCUACCUCUUACUACAUUUCUGACAAUAAUAAUAGGGCAUAGACGUAGUGUGUGUGUGUGUGUGUGUGUGUGUUUGAAUCCAUAGAAAUAACAUUAUUUUUGGUGUGAUAUUGGAUAUUACAUUGCACUUUUGUCAUUUCAGAGGUGUGAGAUCCUGUUUAACCUGAUCGAGUAAUGAGUAUGGCUUUGCUCUUAAAGUCUUGUGCUUUCACAUCUUAAAAUGGGGAUGCACAUUUAAUUGAUAGUGAAGUGGAAAAAUGUAUUGCAAUAUUUUUUAUUGGCUAUUUUCUAUACCUUACUGUCAGCUACCGUCUCCCAAAAAGGCCCAAAAAGUAGUACACUUUUAAAAAUACAUACUGUAUCCGCAGGUGUUCAAAGUUAGUCUGCCCUCACAUUGCCCCACUGAACAAGGCUCAGUGACCUGUUGGUCUGUGCUGAUGUGCAUUGUGUUUUGUGAUACAGAGGAUGAUCAUUUUGUUUCAUUUUUGCUUUCCUGCCAUUUUCACUUCAUCAGUUAUAAAGCCUGUUAAGUUAAAACAGCAUUUAUUUUUGUUCUCAUUUGUUUCUGAACCUCAUCCAUUCAUCAGAACUUGGCACAGUUUGUGUCUCCAUCACAAGUGAAUGCAGUUUGAUGAAGUGUCAUUUUUUUGUAUCUAUGGCGAAGUCAAUGUUUUUCCUAACAUUUGAGUAACAUCUGGGCUAUUUUCCAUGCAAAUUUGCAGUUGAAUCCCUCCCAUCUCUCACAAGUGACCAGAAUCUGGUUGCUAUUUUAUCCACUUUUAUGUGAGAAAAACUUGAAUUUUGGGAAGACUGUUCCUUUUCACCACUUUCUAAUGGAAUGAUGAAGAUUGUAAUGGACUUCUAAUGCUCAUUAGCCAGUGAGUGUUUGGGUGUAUUAUGAGUGAGUUGAAAAAAAAACUACAUUUCUAAAAUGCGAAUGAUGUAUGAUUAGACCUUGCAGGAAGUCAUAAUUUGACACAGUGUGUUAAUUUUAGUUUAUGUAGAAAAAGCAUAGUUUUUUUCCUGCUGUUUUGAUAUGGUUAUUAAGCUGUUACCAAAUACAAUCUGACCCAUAAAGCUUCUGCAAUGGCAAUGUGAAAAGUAAACUAUUUUCUGGGAAACAAUUGACUGUAAAAUAUGAUGAUGCUUGUUUCCGUUGAUUAUGAGAAAAAUAGCUGUAAUAUCAUUACCUUUUUUGCUAUUUGAACGCAUGGGUGAAAGUAUUUGCGUGCUGUUGAAUGUAAAAGGUAAAGUCAUUCGUUGGUUUUGAUGCGUGUUAUUCAGUUAUAUAAACUGUUUCUUUAACAUCUGUUGAAUGAGGAAUAUGUGUUGUAUUUGUUGGGGUGGGUGGGUUAUAUGGAUUUUUGUACUGUGGGCAUUUGUAACUGAAAAUUUGAAUAAAGACGAUAUAAAUAAA